UGGUGUAGUGAGCGUGGGGUCCCUGGCGGCCUGGUGUGGUAAACAUGGCAGGUCUGCGGGCGUGUGCUGCUGCGCUCAGGGCCUCCUGGACACUCUCCUUCACACCAACAUGUUCACAUCUCCAACGUCUCCAGUACUCCAGGGCUCUCGGUGGUGGUAUUGGUAAAAAGGGCAAGGGAAAAAUUGGUCCAACUAUUGAAAAAGUGCAUCUGCCAGUGGAGACAGAUCCAGUAAAACUGGUUACUUAUGUAUGUGGGUCACAUCCAGUGAAGGAGAAUAGAGAAGACGUUAAAAUAAAGGAUGACUCCGAGUACCCAGAUUGGCUCUGGACACUUCGAACUGGUAAGCCACCACCAUUGGAAGAGCUGGAUCCCAAUACCAAAGCCUACUGGAAGAGGUUAAGACACAUGGCCAUGAAAGAAAAGAAUCUUCAUAUGAAACUCAGGAAGUUCUGAAGACAAUAAAUAAUUAAUGUUAACAAUGUAGGGAUGUGAAUUGUAUAUGGAUUGAAACUUGAUGACCUUAACAUUUUCCAAAUGUAUUAAAUCAGGUUCUGUGAAUGUACAGUAUAAUCAAGAUUAUUAGUAAAAUAGCAGAUAUCUGCACAUUUUUUAUGAACA